CUAGAGGGGACAGAACAGACUGAUUGAUUAGUUCUCCUGUCCCCAUAGCUUGACCUGUCAUCCAACAAUCUGCCUAAAGACAGCCAGGUUUCAUUUAGCUACAUUGGCCAUAGAACCUAACUGUAACAACUAUCCUUAUCCUCAAGGCAGUAGCGGUUCCGCACUUAUGUAAAGCUACGUACACAUUACUACCGGUCCCAUCGUUACAGAGUCAUACAAUGGGGAUACGAUCCAUCCCUAGACUACCUUUCAUUCUUACUAACCGGAUACAUCUAGCCACGGUCCUGCCACCACCUUGUUAUGAAGAGACAGUGGCGAUCAUCAACGAGCCCUGCCCACUUCUAUUCCUCUGAGUUUCAAUAAGAGAGGGAGCGGAUUCUACCAUCUAUUCUAGAUGCUUUAACAACCCCCCUCUCUCAAUUUGGUGGGUGGUCGGAUGGUUCAACGGUGGUAUGGUGAAUCGAAUCGGUACCAUGCAUGCCUCUCCCUCGUUCCCGGUGGUCGAGCUGAUCGUAGACCACCCUCUUGAUUUGGUAGUGGUCUACAAAGGCCUCUACAUACAGGGGUCGAGUAUGGGGAUUGCGAAUGUCAAAAUCAUUCUGAGUGAUGGUAAUUGGUUGGGGAGAAAAUAGACUUCCCACCAUAGCUUGCAAACCUUCAGGUGGAAUGGAAUUAGGGACGCUUGCUUGUGCUAGCCUUUGCCAGCCCGAUGGACUUGUGAAGUGGACAGAAGUUCCAUAAUCGAGAUCUGGGCAGGUAAAGGUUGUACUAGACAUGAGUUCUAUGCCAUCUUCACCCCAGCCCCUACUAACUGUACUGCAGAAUAAGCUGCAAGAUGAUUUAUUAAAGAUGAUCUAAAGUACUAGGGCAUACCCCGGACCAUCAUCAGUGAUAGGACCCUAGGUUCACUGGGAGGUUCUGGACAGAAGUGUUCAAACGGUUAUUGGAUCUGGGGGUCCAAGCUCAACUUCUCCACAAGCUUCCACCUAAAGUACGAGCUUCGUCCUUAGCCCGGAACUCGUUCAACGCUAGAGAAGUCAAGUAAGGAUGACUAUCUUUUAAGGGCUCGCUUCAUCGCUCGCUUGACUGAACUCGUUGGAAGAAGGGAGGCAAAAAAUAGAUUCCCGGGUAUAAGGAAUAGAGAGGGUUAGGAUCACGAGAUUUUAGGGAAAAUGAAGAGGAAUAAAGAACCUUAUUAGGCUUAGGCUUACAGCAGGAACUCGAAUAACACCGGACUAUCUCGACGAAAAGGCCUGACAAGGGAAGGAGGUGAAUACUCGAAAGCCAAAGAUCUAUUUCGUCUCGUCCCUUAGUCCCGUCAGUAAACAGUCUUUUUUUUUCUUCUGGCCCGAAGUCCCUUAGUUGAGUGCCGUCAGCCCUAUAUAGUAAGUGGGGGAGAUACUUCCUGAACCCUUCGUUCAGUCGGUAUACGUGUUUUAGGGUCUUAAGUACUGUAGCCGCCUCCCCGCUUUCUGUUCGUUCAGUCGCCUCACUAACUCCGUGAAGGAGCCCUCCUGAACUCGUUCACUUCGUGAACUGCUAACGGAAUACCGACUAAUGGACGAAGGACCUAUAGCUAGGAUUAGACCACACAGCUUGCUGUGAGAUGAGACCGAGACUAGAGGUUCCAACUCGAAACCCUAAGAGAAGAGCCCCCACUAUACAAUAAUCUCCCCGACGGUACAAUAAUCUAAAAAACUAAAAUAUCAUUUUAUAGACUAUACUAGCUACGUUCAUCUACUCCACUCGCUGCCGGAGGACAGACAGAAACUACUCUAGCUGGAACGAAGGCACGAGCCCCUACAAAUAAUCGAUAUUCGUCACUCUUUCCUGACGCCACAGCCUAUUUCGAGACUGGAAGGGCUGUUAUACUAGCCAGCAUUCCCGCACUAGUUAUCGAGCCUGUGGUGUGGGGGCGAGUCAAUAGUCAAUUAACAACGAGGCUGUAGUUUACUAAGAAGGACUAUUGCGACUAAUGACGCUACCCCGGAGAGAAGGAAGGCCACAAACAAGAGCCAAGUUGACUAUUAGCAACGCUGGAGUUUGGCUUGGCCGGCUGAGGGUUUUUAAUUCGCUUCUCUCUCUACUUUAACACUUCGUUCACUGCUGGCCCGGAGGUCUUCGAUCCUUAAUGCACUAGCCAGUUAGAAGGAUUUGAACUAUUACUGAACCGGCCUUCGAGACGAAAGGAACGAAAGCAGGCAACAUGAGUAUGCUACUUCCUGCGAGAAUGGCCCUCCCUACUACAGACUACGCUCGGAAAGUCGGUGAUAAGCAAGAAGAGAAGAGAAGAAUUUGAAAGAAGAAAAGAGAAGUCCCGAGAAGUACUUCACUUAGCCUUUCUCUAGUAGCUUCGCUACCUCCUUCCUCACUACGCUUCGCUUGACUUGAGUUGGGAAGAGUCAAAUUCAUAUUCUAUAAAACUCCCCGUAAUGCUUGUAUUCCCUUACUGAACGGAAGGAACGGUUCCCCUACUCGCUUGCUAAUGGACUAUAGCCGGAACGAAGGCACGGAUUAUAUACCAAGUCUUUCCUAUUCUCCUAGUCGAGCAUUGUUGCCUCGCGCCAGGCGGUAUAGUUUGUGUUCAGUUGACUCCGUCUCGAUAAAAUGUUGAGAGAUUGGUUUAUGGAUUCGCUUUCUUAGUCAAUUAGUAAAGCCCUUGAAAAUAUCCAAUGAAUUAUGGAAUUCUCUCCCAGAGCUGCGGAACUCACGACUCUAUUAGAAAGUAGAAUUACCAACUUUUACACGAAUUUGAAAGUGGAUGAGAUCGGGCGAGCAGUGCAAGGAAUAAUGGACUUACAUCACGAUAUCUCUUUCUUCCUCAUUCUGAUUUUGGUUUUCGUAUCACGGAUGUUGGUUCGCGCUCUAUGGCGCAAAAUUUGGAUUUGUGAAGCGCGAGCCCCGGGCGCCGUGGCCCGAGGGGCUCUGCGCGGACAGGCCGCCGCCCCCGCCCCCGCUCUUCCGGACCCGGAGGACGAGGAAAAAAAGAAUGCGCUCAGGCCGGUUGUAAACCGGGCUCUGCGCAAACUCCUCUGGCGCUACUGUGCCGUUUAUUGCUCUAGUCGCGAUAGCGGCUUCUGCGGGCGAUUCUGUAACCGCAGGCAGCCCAGGCCCGACUUAAUGAGGGCCGCGCAUGAGAUCGCACGAGACGACUUCGAAUAUGAGUCGGACGAUGCGAGCGUAGAGGAGCUUCAAAAACAGCUCCGCUUCCUUAAAAAAAGGAAGCGGACAGAAUGACAUUUAGGCGAUGGCGGCGGUGGCCCGCCGCUACACACUUCCUCACUGAUUUAGUGAGAGAAGUGCUCAAUCAUCCUCCAAGAGACGAAGGGGGGUAGCGGUUUCGGUGCGAUUCCACAUGAAAGAGGACCGUAAGUAACUCAGUGCUCCAUACGGGGGAAAUGAAAGCAGAAUUAGUUCGGAUCCCUCCCACAUGUUCAAUCUUUUUUUAGCGGUUUCCCCAGAGAUAUUUAUCAUUAACGCAACCUUCAUUUUGCUCAUUCAUGGAGUUGUAUUUAGUACCUCUAAGAAAGAUGAUUAUCCACCGUUAGUCAGUAAUGUGGGUUGGCUUGGAUUACUUAGUGUUCUAAUAACCUUGCUUCUGCUCGCCGCUGGCGCACCUCUCCUAACUAUUGCCCAUUUAUUCCGGAAUAAUCUUUUUAGGAGGGACAAUUCUACAUAUUUCUGCCAAAUCCUUCUAUUAUUAAGUACGGCUGGUACCAUUUCGAUGUGUUUCGAUUCUUCCGAACAAGAGAGGUUUGAUGCUUCUGAAUCCAUUGUAUUAAUUCCACUUCCUACUCGCAGUAUGCUCUUUAUGAUCUCGGCUCAUGAUUCAAUUGCCAUGUAUUUAGCUAUUGAGCCUCAAAGUUUAUGUUUUUAUGUGAUCGCAGCAUCAAAAAGAAAGUCUGAAUUUUCCACGGAAGCCGGCUCGAAAUAUUUGAUCUUAGGUGCAUUUCCCUCUGGAAUAUUAUUGUUCGGGUACGACCGGACAACUACCGAUAUCUAAAAAUAUCUUUUAUUAGAAUGUUGUUGUUAAAUUGUUAGAUAUAUAGAAAUAUCGUAAACUAUCGGAUCGGGUAUUACUUAGAUGUGAAACUUGCAGACCUCAUUGGUUGUGAUAUUGAUCUUACGGGGGGAACGAAAUAAAAGAAUAUAUAGACUUGUAGAGACCCUCUAUGUAGUUGUCUAUCUAGGACGAUCGAUCUACAUCUUUCCCCAUAGCCCUGGGGCUGUGUCUCGAUCUCCUACGUGCGAAAUCUGAGGGACUAGUUCCUAUGGAGAUUCCCCUGGGUCUAAUUCCACGACGGAGAGUCGGCGUGGCGUAAAGUGAAGAUUGGGGGGAGUAGAGCGAAAUCCCCUUGUGGGGUAUUCCGAAGGUGUAACCUAGGCAACGAAAAAGGGGCACGAUACUUCAACUAGAGGAGCGACCAGUUGGUUCACCAAACCCCGACCCAGCGUCACACGUUCUCCAGGUCCGAAGGGAUCCAGUGCCCUUAUACCGACUCCUCCCGGAAUUGCGUUAUCGGAGCCGAGCCAGGAAUGGCCGUUAGUGGACACCCACCACUUUUCACCGGUUAGAGAGGCCCUCUUUAAUACAUUAAGAAAAGAUGUUCACAGGGGCCAGAAAGACUCGGUCAUAGGAACUUAGACUACCUACGCGCUGGUAAACGAAAACCACCUCGACCGGAUCUACCGAACGAAUCAGGCCGCCCCUUGCCUUGAAAGAAUUCACACGCGGCCACCAGCUUUCCCAAAAUAAGGGGAGAUCUGCUGCUUACUGCUCACGGAAA